AUGAGUCCUAAUCCAUCCACCAACUCUUCUGCUAAUGCAAGUUUAUCCUCUAACUUUUCUAACAACAACUCAACCAAGUUAAAGUCUUUUAAUGAUUUAAGUUCAACAUCACAGAAAAAUGAAAGGCUAAAGGAAAUAUAUUAUAAUGCAAAAGAAGUAUUACAAAAUUCUAAAAUGACUUCUUUUAAUCUGAAAAAAAUUACUUUAGAAAUUGAUAAUAUAGAUUAUGAGAUAGAUUUUAUGAAUUCCAACAUUACUGAUGGUAACUUAAUAUUAAGGCAAGAUGCUGUUGUGCGUUCAUGUGAUGAAGCAAUGAUUUCUAGGGAUGCAUAUAGAUCACUUUCAAAAAAUUACCCAGAGUUAGAAAGGUAUUAUAAAAUAGAAUAUAGGCGUCAAGUAAUCCAAAACAUCAUCAAUAACUUAGUUCCAAUUAAUAUAUUUAAUAUCAAUGAUAAUGAUGAAAAUGUUGAAUCAAGUGAUGGAGCCUAUUGUUCAAUUAUACACAUAUUAAAUAUUAUAAUUCCUUUAUUAAAAUCUUCAAAAACAUUUAAUUUAUUUAAUUAUACAUUAAAAAUCAAAUUAAGUGGUGAUGAAUAUUGCUGGUCAUUAUUUAAUGAAGAACUUUCUAAUUUGAAAACAAAUGGAUAUAUUGAUCCAGAAAAUACCUAUUGGAACGUUGAAUUUUUUAUGUCUGCAGAUUGGAAAUUCAUGCAAUUGGUUCGUGGUAUUAAGGCUCCUACAGCUGAGUAUUUUUGUCUUUAUUGCAAUUGUUCUAAAUCACAAAGAGCAAAUAUGGAGCUCCAGUGGAGUAAUGAUUAUAACUCAAAAACUAAAAAAUUAGAUUUAUCAGAGGAAUAUCUUAAAAUGAUGGAUAAAAACAUGUCAAGUCCUUCCAAGUGGGCAAAUGAAUGGACUAAAGAUAGUAAGCAGAAGGAUGGACUUCGAUUCCGUAAUCAUCGACCAGCAAAUGCAUCAGAUAUUCCGGUUCAAUUUUACCAUCAGAUAUUUGAAGAAUUUAUCAAACUUAGAAAGGAUUGUCAAGUAUCAAAGAGGGAACAUGAACUUGUACUUGAACUGGCAUCUGUGAUGUCCUGA